UAAAGCUCAUUGAAUUGAAUUGAAUUGAAUUGAAAGUAACAUUAUAUUAUAUAUUAGUUACAGACAGGUCCUUUUAGCGAUGCUUUUGUGACCUGUAAGUAUAUAACAGUACUAUAAAACAUGAGUAGUAAUUUCAGAAUCAGGCCAUUUUAAGUUUAAAGUACUGUACAGUAUAUCAACUAGCUUUUCUUAAGUUAUAUCAGCCUUAAUUCAGAGAACUGUAGUUCAUUGAAAGACAUGUCAAAAGCCAGGCCUGUUUGCCUCCGGAUGUUGUUUAUGUGGCAACUGUGGUUUUCCUGGCCACUUGGGUCUCUCUUUAUCAUGUUAUUUGCACCUUGAAGAGAAAUGUCCUGUACGCGUGAGCACGUCUGACAUCCAAUGACCGAUGGAAAAAACCCAAUGUCUCUCGCCGCUGCCUGUCUGAGGAUGAACGAUUCCUACUCUUUUCAGAGUCUUAUCUCCCACCUUCUGAUAGCCUGGCAACAAGGCAUGUUGAUCCCUCCCACUGCGUGCAGGCGGCUUGUUGGGUGUUUGCCUUCUAGUUUAACAUUUACACCAGAUCAGUCCACACAGUCCAGAUAGCGCUCACCUUGCACGCUCUCUUGGCACUUUCUGUUGGCAAGUCUGUAGGGGGCAUCGAAGCAUGGGACCCCGCACUGCUCCCUCUCCAUCUAAAGAAGUGAAGCCCAGGUCUGGGGGUCAGCCGGGAAGAGUGAGUGACCAUGAGUGCCAUGGCAACCCUCCAGUGCUGAACAACCCAAAGUCAGUUGUAAAGAGGCAGGUUAGCCCAGAGGAACUUCAGACACCGGGGGGGCCCUACAUUAAGAGGACAUUCACUAUUGUGGGCGAUGAUGUGGGCUGGGGCUUCGUGGUCAGAGGCAGUGCCCCCUGCCACAUCCAGGCUGUGGACCCCAGUGGACCAGCAGCAGCAGUGGGAAUGAAGGUGCGUCAGUUUGUGGUCUCUAUCAAUGGCGUUAACGCCCUGUCUCUUGACUACCGGACAGUCAGCCAUCUCAUUCUCACUGGCCCGCGCACCGUUGUCAUGGAAGUCAUGGAACCUCUCGACUGCUGAGGUCACAACAGCAGCCAUUGCCACACCCGCUGAGAGCGGUGCAAGAAAAUCCAAAUCAACAACAACAACAACAACAAUAACAACAGUAAACGCUGACAACAUAUUCAAAGAAUAUGUGUGUCCCAUCCAGAUAUUUAAAGAUUCCAUAUUUGAAUUGUGCCCUUCCUCCCUGAGCGUUAAAACAUAGGCUGACCUUUCACCUGCAUUUUUUCUUCUACUUGCCAUCCCACUUCAUGUCAGAGGACAAAUCCAACAGAACUGUCAUCAAGCUGUUAUCAAGAUAAGAGAAAGUUGUGAGCUCUCUGAUGUGGCAGGGUGUUAUUUGGUUUCUAAGGAAGUAAGGUUAUGCAAUCAUCAUUCAAGCAGCUUAAAGAAACAACGCAGUACAGCAUUGUCUUACACACCAUUUUACAGUGUGUCACAAGACGACAAGCACUUCAGAUUAGCCGGAAAUAUUCAGUCUAAGAAUAGGCUAUGUCUCCCUUGUUUUUUUAUUAUUAUUACUUUUGAGUGAUUUGACAGGUUCAAUUUAGGUUUAUGUUACUUAGAGAUAAAAGUAUUUGAAUGAUCUCUGUGAGAAAAGGAAGGUCCCUAAGCUCAUAUCUAUUGUUGUUCCAAAGGGUAUUUUAUGGGGUCAGAGGUCAAAGAAAGGUAAUUGAUUCACAAGUUAUGUGUCCCAUGUAGAUAUUGUUUUCAAUUAUUCUAUUAUGUUUAAUCUGUGUAUGUAGAUGACUUAGAUUAGAUAAAAAUAUCUAUGAUGUAUACUGAUCUCAUUUAACAUCCACAGAGAAAAAAUAGGACAUCGUUUAGAUAAUGCAUAUAUGAAAUUAAAUGUAAAUUUAGGAAAUUCACAUUUCUUAUAUGUCCUUAUACACUUGCUCUAAUGAUAUUGGAUUGGAUGUUUAACGCCAUGUGAUGUGUAAUUCAUUAUUAUAACUUUCUGAUAUAACUUUCCUAUUUAUUGUAUAGUUGAGAGGAAUCUGAGCAAAGCAACUGAACAGAAAGGACAAAUAUAGGAAUUGAUGUCUAUUUGAUUCUAUAUUUCUAUAGGCCUAUGAUAGGCCUAUAACUCAGUGCUGUUUUCUGUUGCAAGUUUUUUUUUUAAUAUGAAGGAUAAUUAAAACAAUUACAUAUAAUAUUUUAUCAACACGUGGUUGAUCAGUGUUUUCUAUCGUUAAGCAAAGACUAUUACAAAGUAAAACAGUAAAACGUUAUACUCAUGAACAUCAACAUUUGAAGCGAGAAUGCAAUAGCUCACCAGCAGAUGGAGACAACGUUUCAAACCUUCCCUUCGCCACUUAAAACGUAACCUAAAAAUGUGAACCUGUGUGACAGAGAGGACAUGCGGUAAACUUUCCAAAAUGCUUUAUUUGGAAUGUCGACUGCCAUUUAAAAAAGAAAGACAGAAAAUAGGAAGGAACUUCCACCUGUUCCGUGACUCCCAUCUAAGUUUAAUAGACAGAAUCGAUAGCCAGUGUAAGCGGCACUCAACAGGCAAUCCAGUGAUUUAUGGUCUCCAUUCAAGUUCGCUUUAUCAUGGCGCGCACACUCAACAUUUCAUUGUAUCCUGAGGAUACAGUGGGUUGUAAAAUAUUUCCCAUUUUGACAACUGAUCAGUACAAAUUUCCCUUUUGUCACCCUCAAAUAUUUAUCUGCUUUGGACAGUGACUUCAAUCGCGCUGCUUGUUUUUCUUAGUCUGCAGUUGGGUUUACCGGAUCCAAACAAAAGCCUGUUGCCUACUUAAAAUAAAAACGUGUAGAUAAAGAGCACAGCAACCACAUAAAGCGCGAAAUUUAUGAACAUCACCAGAUGGCAGUGUGUGCUUUGGCUAUUGCUAGCUACUUCCUCACCAGUGACCCAUGGAAUAACAGUAUGGAAUAACAGUAUUCUAUCCUAAGAGCAGCAGGUCUUUGGACAAUGUAAAUAGUGGAUUUGUCUUUUCAAGUGCUUAUAAUAUGUAGCCUACCGGAGUUAUCUACUGACACAUAUCCUCAUUCCAUGGUAUUAGCCUAAUUCUAUUCUGAAGUUGAGGCACCCUGGGGACACCCAGUUUGUUUACAGGUCAUUACAAUUAUUUUUCAAGCCAUAGGCCUAGCCGAUUAGAUGCAACUCAGCUGAGGUUGUGUGUCACUGCCUAAUAAGGCUCUUAAAAAACACUAAAAAGCUAAACCAUCUGGAGUUAUUGGUUCCCAGUAAAAAUGACCUAUUGAGUUGACAGGAACAAAAAAGGCCUGAAGGGUGGCUAGGUUCAAGGUUAGUCCUUCACAGUGUUCCUAAAUUAUGAUGAUGGAGGUCAGGUUUAGGUGGGUUUGGGGAAGAAUAUCUGUGGAUGUGAGAAGCUGACCUGUUGUUCUGAAAUGUUGUGGUGGGGGCUGCUCUGUUCCUCUAUUUCUCUUGCAUGGUGUAAAUUCUAGCACGGGCAAGCUUGAAAUUGUUUAUUUUUGGACAGGGUUAAGUGGUUCUAAAUCACCACUACCUUGCAAUUAGAGAUGGCAAUUUGAGUGGUACUUGAGGGGUCUCAGUAAGAUGAAUGUAGAAGACCCUAUUAGUUUUUGAAAGAACAGUUGUAUUCAUCAUUUCCCAUCAGAAAUAUUUCAGCCCUUAUAGUGAUGGAUAUGUCUCGUCUUCCAUACACAGAGAAGUCCCGGGGCAUGAUUCCUUGAGUAGCAGAAUAAAAUGAAUAGCUCUUCUGCACUACUUAAGCCUUGACCUUAUGUGAGGAUGACUUCAACAUAACAUUCCAGACAACCUGUAGAGACACAUAGCCAUCACCUCAAUGCCUAUUAGUUAGCCCGAGGGAACUUUUCCAACUCUCUGUGGAUAUAAAUGGGUCAGUUAUGCAACAAGAUUGACAACCUGAUCUAUGCCAUGCCAUGCUUACUGUUUCUUACUUACUGGCUGGUGUUAAUUGUAUUACACCCCAUUUGAUGGUAAAUAAAUGUUAUAAAUGUGUACAUUUAUUUUUAAUGCUACUGAUGAAUGUAAACAUGUUCAAUAUGCCCAUCACAGAUGUUAUAUGUACCUAUUGCAUUUUGCAGUGUGAGACCUAUGUUUCUUCAUGCUUGUUUGCUUUCCCCCAGGGCAUUUGAAAAACAUACCAUAAUUACAGUUAUGUCACAAUGAUGCAGUGAAAGAUUAAUGGUAUAGACCUGGUAUCAAGUGUUACAUAAAAACCAUUAGACCUAUCCCAGAGAUGUCUUGUUCAACAAAUGUAACAUUCUCAAUUGUUGUGACUGGGAGAGUGCUGCAAUGUCAGUUGUCCAUGCUGCGAAAAGCUGACAGACUGAUUUAUUGUGGAAUGGAAAAGAAAGCCAAGCAAAACUUUGGUGCACAUAAAGCAAUGAUGCUAGAAAUGUAACAAAAACUAAAGUGAUAGGCUUUUUGACCCUGUCUGUCUCAGAAAUUCUGAACAGCACUCAAAUCUCAAAUGGAAAAAAAAAUCAUUUAUCCAUUAAAGAGUAGGCUAAGAGGAAAACUGUGAAGUUACUGGCAUUUCUGUGACACGUCAAAUGUAACUUUCUACACUUCAUCAGAAAAAUAUAAAGCAGCCACCCCCUUCAACUGUACAAGUUGAAUCACAAGUGAAUCUGCUAUAGCCUACUCUCUACUCUCAUCUAAACUACUAGUUUGCCUGAAAGCCGGGUUUCACCUUCUGCUCAAGAGCAAGUCACGUCGACAAUAAAUUCGGUUGCCCAGAAACCUAUUUCUUUCACUCACUCAAGAAUAAACGAGGUGAAGGAAUGAAUAGCUGGGAGGGAUGGGUGAAUGAAUAGCAACGCGAGUUACACCCACCUUCGCAUGCAUGCCUCAACUGCCAGCGCGCGAGCUACAGAUAGUUUAGCUUGAGCAGCCCGCGGUGACAGAAGCUGAAGGUGCAGCGGACAAGACAUUUCCGUAGCUGUAUUUUGGAACCUAUGUAUUAAACAGGGACCUGAGUUUGGUGCCCAGUGAAUCCGCAAAGAUGCAAGUGGCAGGGUUCAGCUCUCUGCUGAUUCUGACUUCAGUAUGGCUUGUUCCCCUGCCGGUGCAGGGUCAAGUUCCAUCUCCACGAAGAUUACGUUUUAAAGUUUUGGGCACAGACAAACUCAGCGUGUCUUGGAAAGAGCCCAAAGGAGAUUUUGAGGGCUAUAAGCUGUUCUAUAACACAGAGUCAGGUAAAGAGGUGAAGGAAAUAUGGACGCCUAAGAAUGAGGUGAAGGCUGUAAUAGAGAACUUUGACCCUGACCAGGAGUACAACAUUAAAGUUGUAGCUGUUCGUGGGAACCAGGAGAGCAAGCCACUGGUGGGACAGUACAAGACACAAGGCACAGGCACAGAUGCAAGUAAUGACAUUGUGCAGCCACAGAAGAAGAAAGAUCCCGCUGCUAAUGAGGAGGACAAUGAGAUCAGAGAAGUGGACCUGUUUACAUGUAAAAUCCCAGCCACUGCGGACAUUGUGAUCCUGGUCGAUGGCUCCUGGAGUAUUGGCCGCAUCAACUUCCGCCUGGUCCGAGCGUUUCUGGAGAACUUGGUCAGUGCUUUCUCAGUGGGCUCAGACAAGACCAGAAUUGGUUUGGCUCAGUACAGUGGUGACCCACGGAUUGAGUGGCAUCUGAAUGCCCACACGACCAAACAGUCUGUGAUUGAUGCUGUGAAGAACCUGCCAUACAAAGGAGGCAACACACUCACUGGCCUUGCACUGACGUACAUCUUGGAGAACAGUUUUAAGCCAGAGUCAGGGGCCAGGACGGGUAUUCCCAAAAUUGGCAUCCUGCUAACAGAUGGGAAAUCACAGGAUGAUGUGCAGCCUCCUGCUCAGAGUCUCCGGAAUGCAGGAAUUGAGCUAUUUGCCAUUGGUGUGAAGAACGCUGACGAGAAUGAGCUGAAGGCCAUCGCCUCUUCUCCUCAGGAGACCCAUGUGUAUAAUGUGGCAGACUUCAGCGACAUGAGCAGCAUCGUGGAAGGCCUCACCCGCACCAUCUGUGAUCGCGUCGAGCAGCUCAACAAGGAUCUCAAAGGUGAAUCUCCGCAGCCAGAGAGCCCUGCUCCCCCGCGUGAUCUGGUGACCUCUGAGGUGACGGCGCGGAGCUUCCGAGUGACCUGGACACAUGCGCCCGGUGCGGUUGAGAAGUAUCGCGUGGUGUACUACCCUGCCAAAGGAGACAAGCCAGAGGAGGUGGUGGUGAACGGCAAUGAGAACACGGUGGUACUGCGCUACCUGAACUCCUUGACCGAGUAUCAGGUGGCCGUAUUCGCCGUCUACAGCAACACCGCCAGCGAAGCUCUCCGCGGCACUGAGACGACGCUGGCCUUGCCCAUGGUGGACAACCUGGAGCUCUUCGACGUCACUCACAACAGCAUGCAGGUCCGCUGGAAGGGCGCGACGGGCGCCUCGGGGUACAUGAUCCUCUACGCCCCACUCACAGAGGGGGACCCAGCCGACGAGAAGGAGGUGAAAGUGGCGGACACUGUGACAGAGGUCGAGCUGGAGGGUCUGACCCCAGACACCGAAUACACAGUGACCGUCUACGCCAUGUAUGGAGACGACGCCAGUGACCCUAUGACUGGUCAAGAAACCACAUUGCCGCUCUCCCCGGCACGUAACCUUCGCAUCACGGAUGUCGGCCACAGCUCUGCUCAGCUGGGGUGGAACGAAGCGUCCAGGAAGGUCAGAGGUUACCGCAUUGUGUAUCUGAAGACCAGGGGCGCAGAGUCCAAGGAGUUUGAGGUGGGCCCCGUCACUACUCAGCUGCUGCAGAAUCUGACCUCACUGACGGAGUACACUGUGGCCGUCUAUGCCAGAUACGCUGAGGGCCAAUCGGAAGCUCUCAGGGGGAGCUUCACCACCAAGACGGUUCCUGAGCCUCUGAAUGCGCGAACCAAAGAGGUCGGCCAGACCAGCUUCCGGGUCAGCUGGCAGCACCCUGCUACAGACGUCGUUCUCUACAAACUCCUGUGGGGAGAGAGCGACGGAGAGACAGACGUUGAAGAGGUCAUGGUGAAUGCCCAAACCAACACCUACCUUGUGACUGGCCUGAAGCCCUUCACCGAAUACGAAGUGUCCCUCUCCGCCAUCUACAAGGACGAGUCGGAGAGCGAAUCAGUCAUCCUGAUAGAAACUACUGCAGCAGGAACCACAACCGUCAGGACGACCACCACCACAACCGCAGUGGCGCGUCAGGCCAUAAGGAACAUGCAGAUCAGUGACCAGACCACCUUCAGCUUCCAGGUGUCUUGGGAGCUACAGGACCCCAAUGUCCGCCAGUAUCGCAUCUCCUACGUGACGGCACAAGGGGACCGCGCAGAGGAGGUGAAAAUGAUCUCAAGCCAACAGAAGAAUAUUCUGCUCCAGUCUCUGCUCUCUGACACAGAGUACAGAGUGACCGUCACCCCUAUCUACGCCGACGGACCAGGCCCUGUCAUGACCCGCGCAGGCCGCACCUUGCCUCUGACUGCACCUAGGAAUCUAAGAGUGUCAGAGGAGUGGUACAACCGUUUCCGGAUCACCUGGGAUACACCUCCCUCCCCCACCAUGGGCUACAGAAUUGUCUACCAGCCCAUCUCAGCCCCAGGCCGUGCCCUGGAGACGUUUGUGGGUGAAGACGUGAACACCAUCCUGAUCCUCAACCUGCUCACGGGUACUGAGUACAGCGUCAAAGUCAUCGCCUCGUACACCACAGGCUCCAGUGAGGCGCUCGUUGGGAAGGCCAAGACCUUGUACCUGGGCGUGACCAACCUGAAGACCUACCAGGUGCGAACCACCAGCAUGUGUGCCCAGUGGCAGCCACAUCGCCAUGCCACCCUAUACCGCGUCAUCAUUGAGUCUCUUCUCAAUGGAGAGAGACAGGAGGCGUCACUGGGAGGAGGCGCAACCAGACACUGCUUCAGCAACCUGACGCCCAACACAGACUACAAGAUCAGCAUCUACGCCCAGCUGCAGGAGACCGAGGGACCCGCUGUCACCACCAUCCAGAAAACAUUCCCCCUGCCUACCGCAGCUCCAACGAGACCCCCCACCACCCCACCUCCUCCCACUGUGCCCCUAGCCAAAGAAGUUUGUAAAGCAGCCAAGGCUGAUCUCGUCUUCUUGGUGGACGGCUCCUGGAGUAUUGGCGAUGACAACUUCCACAAGAUCAUCCGCUUCCUGCACAGCACGACUGGGGCGCUCGACCAGAUCGGCCCAGAUGGCACACAGGUGGCAAUUGCUCAGUUCAGCGACGAUGCCAGGACGGAGUUUAAACUCAACUCGUACAACAACAAGGAGCGGCUGCUGGAGGCGAUUCAGCGCAUCGCUUACAAGGGAGGCAACACCAAAACAGGGAAAGCCAUAAAGCACGUAAAGGACACCAUCUUCACCACAGAAGGGGGUAUCAGGAGGGCCGUCCCCAAAGUGCUUGUGGUCCUCACCGACGGACGCUCCCAGGACGACGUCCACAAGGUCUCCAAGGAGAUUCAAAUUGAAGGUUACAUCGUUUUUGCCAUCGGGUUUGCGGAUGCCGACUAUGGGGAGUUGGUGAGCAUCGCCAGCAAGCCCAGUGAGAGGCACGUCUUCUUCGUGGAUGACUUGGAUGCUUUCCGGAAGAUUGAGGAAAAGCUAGUCACAUUUGUAUGCGAAUCUGCAUCUGCAACUUGCCCAUCUGUGCCAAUGAGAGGCAGCACUAUGCCAGGCUUUAGGAUGAUGGAAGUGUUUGGACUGACAGAGCAACAAUACAGCAACCUUGACGGGGUGUCCAUGGAGGCCGGCACAUUCAACGUAUUCCCCUGCUACAAGCUUCACAAGGAUGCCUUCAUUGUGCAGCCCACCAGGUAUAUCCACCCAGAGGGCUUGCCUUCCGACUACACCAUCACCAUGCUGUUCCGCCUGCUCCCCGAAACCCCUGAGGAACCGUUCGCUUUAUGGGAGAUCCUCAACCAAAACAAUGAGCCCCUUGUUGGUGUCAUUCUAGACCAUGGCGGGAAGACUCUCACUUUCUUCAACAACGACUACAGAGGAGAGUUCCAGACCGUCACCUUUGAGGGGCCCCAGAUCAAGAAGCUAUUCUUUGGCAAUUUCCACAAGCUCCACCUAGUUGUCAGCAAGACCACCGUCAGGGCCAUGAUUGACUGUAAGCUGGUGGGGGAGAGGCCGGUCAACGCGGCGGGGAACAUCACCACCGACGGAGUGGAGGUGCUGGGAAGGAUGGUGCGCUCCAGGGGUCAAAAGGACAAUUCAGCACCAUUCCAGCUCCAGUCCUUCGAAAUCGUCUGCAGUACAUCCUGGGCCAGCCGGGACAGGUGCUGUGAUCUCCCAUCCCUGAGGAAGGAGGAAGAUUGCCCAGCUCUCCCACGUGCGUGCACCUGCACACAGGACAGCAAAGGCCCACCUGGACCCCCUGGACCUCCUGGUGGCCCUGGAAUUAGAGGAGCAAGAGGAGACAGAGGAGAGCCGGGCCCUGUGGGUCUAUCUGGGCCAGUGGGAGAUGCAGGAAUUCCAGGGCUUCAGGGACCCCCUGGCCCACAGGGACCAAGUGGGAGAACCAUCAUGGGACCCCCAGGUGGCCCUGGUGAACGUGGUCAGAAAGGGGAUGCAGGCCCACCUGGAUCUCAGGGCAACCCAGGUACAACUGGCCCACGUGGAAAUGCAGGACCACCUGGACCAAGGGGCCAGACUGGGAAAGAUGGAUCUCAAGGACGACAGGGUCCCCCAGGAAAUAUUGGUGGGCCAGGAGCCCCAGGGGCGCCAGGACAGAAUGGACCACCUGGCGCGGUCGGACAACAAGGCCCGCCUGGUCCCUCUGGAGGUAAAGGAGAGAAGGGUGAACGAGGUGAUGUCCAGUCCACGUCUAAUGUUCAGGCUAUUGCACGACAAGUUUGUGAACAGCUUAUACAGAGUCAUAUGGCGCGCUUCAGCUCUGUCCUAAACCAUGUCCCGAGUGCACCCGUGUCUGUCCGCACAGUCCCCGGACCCCCGGGUGAGCCAGGCAGGGCAGGACCGCGUGGCCCGCAGGGAGAGCAGGGACCCCCAGGACGGCCUGGGUUCCCGGGCAGCAACGGAGAGAAUGGCCAACCAGGAGCCAGAGGUCUCGCGGGUGAGAAGGGGGAGAAGGGAAGCCAAGGCGUUGGUGUACAAGGUCCCAGAGGGCCUUCAGGUCCACCAGGACCGCCUGGAGAAGGCAGGACUGGUAGCACAGGCCCAUCUGGUCGUCCGGGCAACCCUGGCACCCCUGGCCGACCUGGCAUCCCGGGCCCUGUUGGACCAGCUGGUCCCCCAGGCUACUGUGACCAGAACUCUUGUAUGGGCUACAACAUAGGAGGCCAACAACCACAAUAUGCGAAUGCCUACUGAGUAGCAGCCUCCUCAGACACACGCAGAUCACAGGCUGUCAUUUGUGAUCUGUGGGGAUGUGUCCAGUAACCCACUAGCAGUACAGUACCAAUUCUCAAAAGCAUGUAAAACACACACACACACACACACAUAUGCACUGAGUGGAUACAUACAAUCCACACACAAAAACUACAUGCGGUCACAUAGAUGUACGCACACAGACUACUGAUCCCCUGGUGUUUUUCUUCUCCGACCGUCAUUGUGUAUCAUAUGGCCCCCCCAAAAAGCCACACUCUUAUUUAAUUCAUUUGGUUUUCAGACUGAGGCGCACAUUUCAAGAGAGUAAAUGAGAAAAAGAAAAGAUAGUAAGCUAUGCCAGAUAUGUGACUGUGAGGGUGGAAUUAAUUUGAUAUUGAAUGCGGUGGAGGAGAAUGCAACCCUUUGUUGCAUGCUGUACAGUAGUGUCGCCUAUGCAUUCCCUGUGAAAUGAUUGCCACCCUCGCAUGUUACAACUGACUAGGCUGAGUAAUGUGCUUUGAAGCCAGACUGUCCUCACUUACUCUUUUGAAAUGCAGUGCAUUUGACCUCUAGGCCACUGUGUUUUUGAUUAUUCUGCCAUAGUCAUUUGUUAUAUUUCUGAACCACAUUGCCUUGAGAUCGAGUACAAUUACAGAUUGCCUUUGAUAUUGAGACUCCUUUUGUAGUUUUUCCAUGUAAACUUCCACGCCCAUGUGUUGUGUUCUUCUUACCAUGUGUCAACGUGAACUUUGUCAGUAACUCUCUGCUUAUCUGUAUCUCUGCUCCUUCCUUUUGUCUCGUCUCUCUAACCCUCCGAACAAAAAACUUACACUUGCGCUUGCUGGGGUCGGUGGUGGUAAAAGAGGAAGAGUCUGAAGGUGACCCAUCUCCCCGGGGUAUUUCUGUAGCCCAAGUGCCCAGUGCCUACCAGCCGUACGACCCCAGAGAACACGAUGAACCGGAGGGUGGCUAUAACUACGGUGUGGCCUACGGCUCAGAGUACUAC